CAGAGCUGCGCAGUGUCAUACUGACGGUACAGAGCUCUCAGUACGAACAGAAGACGCUUAAAGCUUUCAGUUAUUACGUGUUAUUAAAAACGUUUAAGAUAUAUACAUAUAAAAAAAAAAGAAAUUAAAGGUUUCUUAGGGGUUGUGUAAAUAGUACAACGGUGAAGAAAGCACUCCGUCUAGUCGUUAUUUGGGUCUGUUUCUGUCUUGAUCCUUCCUUCCUGUUUUGUUCUGUCAGGGAACAAACGACUGCGCGAGCCGAAAGGACGUGAGACGAACCGAUAUAUAGAGAGAGAGAGAGACAGCCUCUCGCUCUCUUUCUUUUCUGUCUCUCUGUGUCUUUUAUCCUCUCAUCCUUGGUUGUCGUGUCCCCGGGUCUGAACGCGUCCCGCGGAGUCUUAAUGCCCGCGGAGGAUGAGCCCAGCCAUCGAGGGGAUGGAGUCAGAGCAGCCGAUGGCUUUAGGGAAGGGGGUUCUCCUUGAGCCCUUCGUCCACCAGGUGGGGGGUCACUCGUGCGUGCUGCGCUUCGGCGAGCAGACUAUCUGCAAGCCGCUCAUCCCGCGAGAACACCAGUUCUACAAGAGCCUCCCGGCGGCCAUGCGAAAGUUCACCCCGCAGUACCGAGGGGUCGUGUCGGUGAGCUUCGAGGAGGAUGAGGAAGGUAAUCUGUGUCUCAUUGCCUACCCGCUGCACAGUGAUCUGGGUGAUCUGGAGAACGUAGACCCCUCGUCUGACCUGGAACCUAAGAAUAAGAUGAAAUGGUCUAAUAAAAUGUUGCUGGACAAUGAAGGCUACAGCAAGGAACGGGCCAGACACUCGCGCAAGGACAAAGACAAGAGUCUGAAACGUGAGGAUGAGCUGGAGUGGUUCCAGCAGGCUGAGGUUCUCUAUUACAGCCUGGAGAGGAGUAACGCUGCUGCACCACAGCUGAAGCACAACCCCUGGAGCCUCAAGUGCCACCAGCAACACUUGCAAAGGAUGAAGGAGAACGCGAAGCACCGCAACCAGUACAAAUUUAUCCUGUUGGAGAACCUGACAUGGCGUCACACAAUGCCAUGUGUUUUGGAUCUGAAGAUGGGCACACGGCAGCAUGGUGACGAUGCUUCAGAGGAAAAGAAAGCCAUGCAGAUCCGCAAAUGCCAGCAGAGCACGUCGGCCAGCAUCGGGGUCCGUCUCUGUGGCAUGCAGGUCUACCAGUCUAACUCCGGUCAGCUCAUGUUCAUGAACAAGUACCACGGGCGAAAGCUGACGCUGUCUGGUUUUAAGGAGGCUCUGUUCCAGUUUUUCCAUGACGGACGGAGGUUACGGCGUGAGCUUCUCUCCCCUGUGCUGCGGCGCCUCAGAGAAAUGCAGGCCGCCCUGGAGGCGUGUGAGAGCUACCGCUUCUACUCCAGCUCGCUCCUCAUUAUCUACGAUGGAGACCCGCCGUGUUCACGUCGCUCUACUGAGGAUCGCCUCUCUGAUGAAGAGGGGGAAGAAGAUGAAGAAGAGGAGGAGGAAGAGGAGGAGCAAGGCGCUUUUGGGUUUCCUCACAGCACUGGAGGAGCGAGUGGGAGCAGCAAUAGUGGUGCUAGUAGUGGUGCUAAAAGCCGUAGUGGGAACUCCAGGCCUGUGGUGGAUGUUCGAAUGAUUGAUUUCGCCCACACCACGUGCCGGCACUAUGGGGAGGACAGUGUAGUACAUGAGGGGCAGGACACGGGAUACAUCUUUGGCCUACAGAACCUUAUAACCAUCAUCUCCCAGUUAGAGGAACACAGUGCCGAUUGAACUGGGCCUUCUGCUUGAAAUAUUGAAACUCAAAAAUAUACAAUGAAACUGCGGAUUGUGAGAUUAAAACAGUUGGACUUUGCCAGUGUCAAUCUCUCUGUCAAAUAUCAUUGUCUCUUUUUUGAUUCACAUCUUUCUUUCUUGAUUUCUUUCUUUCUCUCCGUCCAGCACCUAUAAAGGGGCGUUAACGAAGCUGCAAGAUUUAGCAAGUUCUUUUGUGUCUUAUGUUGGUGUUCCUUUUUUCUUUUUCCUGUUUAUAAAGAAUUAAAUCAGUGUGAGAAGACUGGGGGAGAUGACAUGACGGAGGUUUGUUUACUUGACAUGGUGACUGACAGCCUUGCUCACAUCUCCCCCCCACACCCUCUUCCACUUUGUUUUACAUCUCUACAUUUUCUAAAACCAUUUACAGGCAAAGAAACCACAAAAAAAGUGUAAAUAAUCCAUAAUCUGUGAAUCUAGCCAUGUCCAUUCCAGAAGAAUGAUGUAGCGCUACAGAUUGCACUCGGUUAUUUGCUUGUACUUUGUGAUGAGAGCAAACGGAAGGUGGAGAAAGGUUGCUUUUCAUUAAGAAAUGACCACUUACAAAGUUUUCCACUGUAAAGAGAGAACUAUAUUCCAGUAAGCAGUAGAGGCACACAGUGACUGUAAUAGAGCUUUAUUUAUUUGAUAUACUGAAUUUCUUAUAUAAACUAAAAAAAAAACAAAAAAAAACAAAUGGUGACAUGAAAACUACAUUCCAUGUUAUUACUAUUAUAAUGGUUAUAAUAAUAAUAAUAGUAUUUGACAUGUUCAGAUACCUGUACUGUCAACAGUAUGUUGGAGGAAAAAUAAAACUGCUUUUUGUUAAA